AUGGAUGAACCAUGCGAUGAAGAUAUCAUCACCAAGAUAAAAGAAUCCAGAAGGGCGAACAUUGUUGUUACUGUUACACCUGAGAAUUCCGACACAGAUGAAGAGCCAUUAAAUGAAGAAGAGGCAAAAGAGAUGACAUUGACCAAUCCAAUGCCCAGGUUCUCGAUUUCAAUAUUCAUCAGGAUGCAUCCAAAGCUCCAGCUCCGAUCAUUGUGCAACUUCACAUAUGAACAGUUGGAAUACCUCGCUGACAUUAUUGAAUCCAACUGUGGAAGGGCCAGAAGAGGAAGGAAGGUCAAAUUUUCAACAAUCGAGUCUCUCUUCCUCACGCUCACAUAUUACUGCACAUACUUGCCCUAUUCAGCAUUAUGUCCGUUGCUACAUAUUUCCCAGUCAUGCUAUUCCAAAUUAGUUACAAGAACUACCAAUGUUGCAUUUCCAAUCUUUGCGAGCUAUUUUCUUCCCAAUCACUGUCCACCGUUAACUUCAAUGAAGAACAAAUUUACAAACUUCCCUGAUGCUGUUGCAGCUGUAGACAGCACUACAAUUCCUUUCAACAUUCCUUCGGUAAAGGAAGAGAGGCUUUAUAGUUGGGAUGAAAAAAACCACUGCAACGGUAUUAAGCUCCAAGUCCUCGUGUCACCAGAUGGAAAAGCCAUACAUCAAAACGUUGAGUUUAUGGCUGCAGUCCAUGACAAGAAGAUUUUCGAUUUGUCAAAAGUCUCGGAUUUUUUGACAGUAAAGCGAGGAUUUGAUGAUUACCAAUAUCCUGUACUUGCCGACCGGGGCUAUAUUGAAAUCCAGAAAUAUCACCUUACUGCCGUGGUGAUGAAGAGAAGCCACGAAGAAGCAGACGUUGAACGCAACAACGCCAUUGCCCAAGACAGGCAGAUUGUCGAGCGUUUCUUUGCACGUUUCAAGUCAUGCUGGUCCUGCAUGAAAAAUGGUUUUCGAGGUGAGCGCACAUCACUUCCUCUGAUCAUAUCAGGUUUAGUAGUUAGUAUACCUAUCUUGGGUAUGGUGGCACUACGCUCCACCCCACCCAAGAUAACGGUUUGA